AUGGCUUCUAUUCUCCGCAAGCUCUUCCGACGCAAGAAGCAGCCCCCGCUGGUCUGUGCCGUGAACCUAGACGCCGAAGGAAACCCUGUUGGCGAGCAUCCCGACCAUGUGCAUACGGAUGCCUGCUUCAUCAGCUUUGAGCCUCUUGCUGUAGCGGAGCUUUUCCAGUCGCAGUCAUGCCAGUCAUGCCCUCCAGCUCUGCCCGGCAUCCACGCCGCUACUGCAGACCCUAAUGUGCUUCUCCUGACCUAUCCCGUUACCCUCUUUGACCACACAGGAUGGAAAGACACCUUUUCGAGCCUCACCAACGACGCCCGACAGCGGGCCUAUGCCAAGCGGUGGGCUCGCACGAGCCUGUUCACCCCUCAGGUUGUUGUCAAUGGCGUCGCUGACGGCAGUGGCCGAACCAAGGAAGAGAUCCAGCAAAUCAUCCAACAAGGCAGAGACAUCCAAAAGGCUCGUGACUGGCACAUUUACGUGGAUGCAAACGAUACCGAAGUCCGUGUCGACACCGACAAGCAAGAGGCACCUCCCCACGAAGUCUCCCUCGUUGUUUAUGCCAACACGGACCAGACCGUCAAGGUUGGCAAGGGAGUCAACAAAGGCAAGAAGAUUAACCACCGCAACGUCGUUACCUCUGUAACGAAGAUUGGUGACUGGGUUGGAGGGAAUGGAACUUGGUUUCUGCCCACGCCGAGAAGUGCCUUGGCACCUGAUCAGGGUGCGGCGAUCAUCAUCACGGAGGGUGGUCUUGGAGGACCGAUUAUCGCAGCAGCCAAGAUUUAG